AUGUUAACUCAAAAUUUCUUUUUAAAUAUUAUUUUUAUAAUUUUAAUAUCUAAAUAUUUUUGUCAAUGUAAUAAUCAAAAUUUAACAUUUCCCCAACAAAAUUCAACAAAAAAUAUUUUUGAAAUUAAAAACGGAAAUAAUAAUAAUACAUUAAUAGAGACAACAACUGAAAAUUUAAAAGAAGAAGAAGAACCUGCUUGGGCUUGUGGUACAGAUGCUUUUAUUCAAAUGAUUGCCGAAUCGACAAUUGAAAAAGAUUGUCCAGACAAAAAACGUCCAAUUAAUAAUUGUUGUGUUAGUCAUGAUAGUUGUUAUGAUGACCAAAAAGGACGUAAAUAUUGUGAUGAUAUUUUUUGUGAAUGUUUGGAAAUAGCUUCUGCUGGGAGUGAAGAAUGCUCUAAAGUUGAUACAAAAAUGUUUUGUGAUUUAGUGAGAGAAUUUGGGCAGUCUUUUUACAAUGCUUCUGUAAAUGCGACAAAUAGUACACCUUCAACAAUAAAUAAUAGGUGA